AUGGCUAGCCAGGGCCUGCCCCUUCACCUGGCCACCCUGCUGACAGGGCUGCUGGAAUGCCUUGGCUUUGCGGGAGUCAUCUUUGGCUGGGCUUCGCUGGUGUUUGUCUUCAAAACAGAGCAUUACUUUGAGGAACUGUGUGAACCGGAUGCUGGGCUGAUGGGCAACGGCACAGGGCAGGCUGAGUGCAAAGCCCAGGAUGAGAGGUUCUCACUCAUCUUCACCUUGGCGUCCUUCAUGAUCAACUUCAUGACAUUCCCCACCGGCUACAUCUUUGACCGUUUCAAGACCACUGUGGCCCGCCUCAUAGCCAUAUUUUUCUAUACCAGUGCCACACUUACCAUAGCCUUCACCUCUGUAGACACAGCCCUGCUGCUCUUCCUGGCCAUGCCCAUGCUCACCGUCGGGGGAAUCCUGUUUCUCAUCACUAACCUGCAGAUUGGGAACCUGUUUGGCAAACACCGUUUGACCAUCAUUACCCUGUACAAUGGAGCAUUUGACUCUUCCUCAGCAGUCUUCCUCAUCAUUAAGCUUCUUUAUGAACAAGACAUCAGCCUCAGGGCCUCCUUCAUCUUCCUCUCUGUCUGUAGUGUCUGGCAUGUUGGGCGUACUUUCCUCCUGAUGCCCCGGGGGCACAUCCCCUACCCACUGCCCCCCAACUACAGCUAUGGCCUGUGCUUUGGGAAUAGCACCAUAAAGGAAGGGAAGAAAACAGCUGAGCAUGAAAAUGUGGAGCUGCAGUCGAAGGAGUUCCUUUCACCAAAGGAAGAGAUCCCAGGACCAGGCCAGCAGCAGAAACCACGGUCUUUCUGGAGCUGCGCUUUCUCUCGGCGCUUUGCCUGGCACCUGGUGUGGCUGUCUGUGAUACAGCUGUGUCAUUACCUCUUCAUUGGCACCUUCAACUCUCUGCUGAGCAACUUGGCCCGUGGGGACAGGGUGCUAGUAAGCACCUACACAAAUGCCUUUGCCAUCACCCAGUUCUUCGGAGUGCUGUGUGCUCCCUGGAAUGGGCUGCUCAUGGACAAGCUUAAAGAGAAGUACCAGAAGGAAGCACAAAAGACAGGUUCCUCCACGUUGGCGGCGGCCCUCUUCUCAGCAGUGCCUUCGCUGGCCCUGACGUCUCUGCUGUGCCUGGGCUUUGCCCUCUGUGCCUCCAUCCCCGUCCUCCCCCUCCAGUAUGCCACCUUCAUCCUGCAGGUGAUCUGCCGCUCCUUCCUCUACGGGGGUAAUGCUGCCUUCCUGACCCUUGCUUUCCCUCCAGAACACUUUGGAAAGCUCCUUGGGUUAAUGAUGGCCUUGUCGGCCAUUGUGUCCCUGCUCCAGUUCCCCAUCUUCACCCUCAUCAAAGGCCCCCUCCAGAAUGACCCACUCUAUGUGAAUGUGAUGCUAGUGCUUGCUACUCUUCUGACUUUAGUCCAUCCCUUCCUGGUGUACCGGGAGUGCCAGCCUCGGAAAGAAAGCCCCUCUGCAAUCGCAUAG